AUGCUCCAGGACGGCUCCCAGUCCAGCACCAACCAGCAGCAGGCGGCCCAGUUCCACAAGUACCACACCCUCUGCACCCCGCUCUCUGCACCCCGCCCCCUACACCCCGCCCCCAUGCACCCCGCCCCCUGCACCCCGCCCCCUGCACCCCGCUCUCUGCACCCUGCCCUCUGCACCCUGCCCUCUGCACCCUGCCCUCUGCACCCUGCCCUCUGCACCCCGCCCCCUGCACCCCGACCUCUAUAA